AUGAUGUUCUCACGAAAAGAGAAACAGAAGAACUUGCAUUUUCGUUACAGUAGGAAAUAUAACCCCAGUUCGGGCCGUUACAACAGGGAAGUUCUAAAGUACAAAGGUAAGCAGUUGGAAAGAUGGAAAAUUGUCACCCUUGUUACUCGUGACUACGCCUUACGGGCAGCAAGCCAGCAGGAGGAAAGGCUACAACAUAAGGUCAAGGCAUUGCAAAAGGCUUCCAAAAUUAAAGAUUUGGAAGCUCAGGUCCAGGCAAAACAAGCAAGUGAAGAGUUAAACGAAACACAGAAAUUGUUGUUUGACAAGGAUUAG